UGGUUUUGAAAGUUCUAAGCGUGUUGGCGCACAGAGCUCGGUCCUACGUCAUGCCAAGCAACGCAAACUGAAGCGCUGCACAAACACGACAGUCAGCAGGGAGAGGGCGUGACGCAGAGAAUUGGAGGGCGCUCCUCAAUGGCUGGACACUGCCUUGCGUACUUCCUACGGCAAUGUGUGUAUGUGUUUUUUUUUUUUGUUGAAUAAAACUUUAUUGAGAGGUUGCAAGCGCACCUUAAAUUACAGAGUGUCCGCCACCACCGCCUUCCUGCAUUCUCCGCCCUGGUGUUUGUCUGCUCUCUUCCUCUCUCGCACACCGCUGGUUGGUUGAAGGGGGCGGCGGUGGCAACAACAACGGCACAGCGAGGUCACACCCGGAAGGAAGCGGAGAGAAGACCGAGGAGGGAAGGAAGUGCGAGCCCGUGUCUGACCGCCGCAUACAGCUUGGUUCUAUGAAAAUCUUGUGGAUUACUUUACAUUGAGUACUUGUGAUGCAACUAAUUCUUUAAAUAGAGCUUUUAAAAAAAAAAAACACUCACUGGAUUUUACUCGUGGACCUUUUUUAGAAGAUGGCAUCUAAACUAUUCUGGAUCAGUGUUCAUCGGCCGUAUUGUGGGUAGUGCUGCUAACGCCUCAGAAGCUACUACGUGGAACUGCCUUCUACAUUUUUAAAGCCAACACCUCAAUAGUAUUGAACUUCUUAUUUUUUUUUUUUCCCCCUAAACAUAAAUUAUCGACUUUGCCUUUUUGGAUCUCUGUAUACUUUAAUGGAAUACAAUCAUGUCUGUCCAGGACGAACGGCAGAUCAAUACUGAAUAUGCAGUUUCUCUACUUGAGCAGCUAAAACUGUUCUAUGAGCAACAACUACUAACAGACAUAGUAUUAAUUGUUGAGGGCACUGAAUUUCCAUGUCACAAAAUGGUUCUUGCAACAUGCAGCUCUUAUUUCAGGGCGAUGUUUAUGAGUGGGCUAAGUGAAAGUAAACAAACGCAUGUCCAUUUGAGAAAUGUGGAUGCAGCUUCUUUGCAGAUCAUUAUCACAUAUGCAUACACGGGUAACUUGGCAAUAAAUGAAAGCACUGUUGAACAGCUGUAUGAAACCGCAUGCUUUUUACAGGUGGAAGAUGUUUUGCAGCUCUGUAGGGAAUAUUUAAUUAAGAAAAUCAAUGCCAAAAACUGUGUUCGGCUAAUGAGUUUUGCUGACUUGUUCAGCUGUGAAGAAUUGAAGCAGUGCGCCAAAAGAAUGGUGGAGCACAAGUUUACCACAGUGUACCGCCAGGAUGCUUUCAUGCAGCUAUCUAGGGAGCUUUUGAUAGACCUUGUGAGCAGUGACAAUCUAAAUGUGGAAAAAGAGGAGACGGUGAGAGAAGCUGCAAUGUCUUGGUUAGAGUACAACACUGUAUCCCGCUCGCAGUACUUGUCCACUGUUUUAAGCCACCUGCGCAUUGAUGCCCUUUCAGAGGUCGUUCAGCGUGAAUGGUUCCAAGGUUUGCCACCAAAUGAUAAGUCUGUAGUAGUACAAGGACUUUACAAAUCUAUGCCAAGAUUCUUUAAACCAAGGCUUGGUAUGACAAAAGAAGAGAUGAUCAUCAUCAUAGAAGCUGCUCUUGAAAAUCCUGGUUGUUAUUCCACCAUUUGUUACAGUCCUCAGGCAGAGAAAGUUUACAAGAUUUGCAACCCACCCUCUGAGCUACAUAAAGUUGGGACUGUGGUCAUUCCUGAUAAUGAUAUUUUUAUUGCUGGAGGACAGGUCCCUGUAAAAACGACCAAAAGCAAUCACAGCAAGCCUGGCAAACUGCAGGCUACUUUCAGGGCUGUGAAUAGUUUCUACUGGUUUGAUGCACAGCAAAAUACCUGGAUUCCAAAGACCCCCAUGUUAUGUGUUCGAAUUAAGCCUUCUUUGGUAUGGUGUGAUGGCUACAUCUAUGCAAUUGGCGGAGAUAGCGUAGGUGGUGAACAGAACAGAAGAACAGUGGAAAGAUACGACUGUGAGAAGGAUGAGUGGACUUUGAUGAGCCCUCUACCAUGUGCAUUUUCAUGGAGUGUUGCAGUAGUUGUCAAUGAUUGCAUUUAUGUAAUGGCUUAUAACCUAACAUACUGCUACAUUCCACGGUCUGGUAUUUGGGUAGAAGUAGCUAAGAGACAAACUAGUAGAUGCUUUGCUUCUGCCGCAGCCUUUGAUGGCAAAAUCUUCUACCUCGGAGGUCUGCAAACAGACAACAAUUCUGGCGUGUGGCACCCAUCCAGCACAUUGGAUGGCUCUUCCGUAGCUGUUGAAAUAUAUGAUGUUCAUAAGAAUGAAUGGUAUAUGGCAGCCAGUAUACCCGCCAAACGCUUUGCUGAUCCCUGCGUUCGAGCAGUGGUCAUAUCCAGUUGCUUGUGUGUCUUUAUCAGAGAGACACAUAUGAAUGAAAAAGCAAAGUAUGCCAUCUAUCAGUAUGAUAUGGACCUGGACCAGUGGUUUCUGCGGCAGCAGAUCUCAGAGCGUGUCCUUUGGGAUUUGGGAAAAGAUUUCCGGUGCACUGUUGGGAAAUUAUACCCUUCAUGUUUAGAAGUAUCUCCUUGGAAACCCCUAACGCAUGUUUUCUCACAAGAUGGUGCAGAUGACUUUGAGCUUGAUGGAAACAUGGCUACAUUACCCCCCGUAUAGCUGGCUGCAAGCAAGUCUACAUGUAUGCAUGGAUCUCCUGUUUUCCUCAAUGAGAGCUCUUUAACUAUUCUGUUAUGGAAGUGGGCUGAGAAAUAUGUUUGCACCGCUUACUUUUUUCAAACUUUAUUUUUAUGCCCUACUUAACAUUUGUAACCUAUAAUGCAUUUAUAUAGGGAGAUAUGCUUCCAUUAUUAGGAAUAAUUGACAAGCUAAUGGAAAACUGUUUAUUAUGCUAGCAUUCGGUUUAUUUCCAAGAGCAAUUCAUCUGUAUCCCUGUGAUGCCUCCAUUUACAUAUUGGCAAGAAAAAGAAAAUUUGUGACCCAAAAGCUAUUAUUGGGACUGUAAAUGUAGAUGCUUUGUUGGGGAAAUCUUCCAUUAUCCAUAUUCCUUUUCCUUAGCAAACCAUUUGAUGUGCUGGAUUAUACAUACAACCAUGCAGCGUGACCAGAUCCUACUAUGUGUAUCUCCAGGGAUAAAGUGUUUACUUAAGAGACUUUUACUUUUCUAAACUUCAAGAUUGUCUCUUCACAUUUACUACUGUAUAAAUGGCUUUUCUUUUGCAUACUAUAUACUCCUAAAAGAGGCAAAAUCUUUGUGUGAUAUCAUCUCCAGAAAACAUAUCUCAAGCCUUGGAUUCUUUUAAGUGCUGAAAAUGAAACAAAAACAAGCAUUUUAACUAGCGACCCACAGCAAGCUUGACUUUGGAAGCAGUAGAGGAAAAAUGCAGACUACCUGCAGGUUUUAUUUUUUACAAAGUGAUGUAUCACCAAAGUCCCACUUUAACAUGUAAUCUAUAUUAUAUAUAUAUUUUUUGCUAAACUAUAUCUUUCCUGUUGCGGGAAAUGUAGUAUCUCAUUUGAUAACACAGGUCAAUACAAUGACUGCGGGUUCAGUCAAGCUGUACAAGCAUGUGUUUCUGUUGUCAAAAAAAAUAAACAUAAACCUGUACCAUUCUUUUGUUGUAGAAUACAGGUCUUCCAGUAUGGCCUUGUAACGUUCAUUCUGGUGUAACUGGGCAUCCAACGUGUUUGCCAGCCCCUCGUAGUAUGGGUCCCUGUGGAGCUUUAACCCUUUACUGCUGCCUUACAGUGAAUGGAUUAAAUAGAGCAUUCACCCUCUAUAAUAGUGGUGUCUGCUCAAUCACAAAAACCCUGCUGCUGAUUCAUUUUUCUUUCCCUUCCCUGACUUGUACAUUGUUGUUGCAUUACCAGGUCUUAUUUCAUUUUAACUUAACAAGCAUUUACUGUAGUGUGAUUGUGUAUUGGUAUAUCCUAUAUAUAUAUAUUUUUAUUUUUAUGGGGAAGGGAAAAGACCUGUUCAGGAAUAAAUACCUUGGCACUCUAGUGCAUGAGAGAGCAGAUAUCUUGUGCUGCUCUGGCAUUACUAUCAAUCCCAGGAACCACUAGCAGUAGAGGGGCACUGUUGCCAACUUAACAUGAGCACAGGUGCUUCAUGACAAACCCUACUAGCAUGUUCAGCUGCAUUAUGUUUUGGCACUGUAUUUUGAAUGAAAUUAAUUUAUUAAAAAGCAAAUUAAAAUUA